AUGAACGCUAACAUCAUCUUUCUUGCUCACGAUGAACAUGACGACCAGGAUGUUCGCAGAACCGUUCGUGUAAGGGCUGCGGAAUACAGUCACCGCCAGGGUGAUCGAAAACCGAAAGCAGGCAAAAAGCCAAAUACCAUGAAGCGAAAACCGAAACAAAGCGAUCCCAAUGAAGGCUCCUCACAACCUCAAUCGACACGAAACUCAACACCAAGCAAUGCAGCUUCCGCGGCCUCAGGAACACAGGCUGGUGAGACUGAUUCUGGGCUGGCACUUUCGCGGUCACAGAGUCCCGCUACGGGCACGGUCGGUAAUCAGAGGGAAAAUUCUUUUGUGCAGUAUCCGGUGGAGGCGCAGCCUUGGUUUGAAAGGCUGCUAGACUGGAGUGAGUCUGCUUUCACAGAGUCGUUUCACACGAUAAGAGCUAAUGUGCUAGGCUGGUCUGCGCUAGACACCACGCACGCACAGCGCCAAGAGGCAUUGCCAUGGGUCCAGCGUCUGACUAUGUCUAGCCCCUGCUACUUCUACAUGAACAUGCUCUCCGUCUCAAGUGACUUGGUUUCGCGAGGCUCUUUGAACCAGCAGAUGGUUCCUUGGCAUUCGUCGCAAGUCGUCAAGUCCAUCAACGAAGCUCUGAAUGACCGAGAAAAGGCUUUGGCAGUUGGCACCAUCCUAGCAGUGGGACGCAUAGCUUUGCACGAAAUCAUGCUUGGGGACAUUUCAGCUGGAAAUCAAUUCCAUCGACCCGCUUGGGCACGGUACGUGCGUCUCAGCUGCAUGAUUGUAAUGGCCGGAGGCCUGGAUGCACUUAAACUUCCCUCGCUCGUGCGAUCUCAUCUUGGCUGGGCGAACAGGCUAAUGACGAUGAAGACUGGAAUCAGUAUUUUCGAUCUCGAACCUGCCCUGAAGCACGAGCCGACUUUCCUGCUGGAACGGCAAGUGAGCGAAGACGUCGCUGUGCUUCAUCAGUACAUGCCAUUCUCUGCUGCGAAGCUCUGCGACAAAUUCGAAGCUGAACCAUGCGCGAGGCCUCUCCUGAAGCAUGCUUCACAACAAAGCAGAUAUUUGGCUGAUUGGAAACGAUGUCGAACGGUCAUCGAUGAACGCAGGAAAAGCUACAAAUUCAGUCAAGAGACACAGAUGAGGCAGAAGACGCUGCGUAGAUCAAAUGUCAGCCAUCAUAUCUUGUACUACCUUUAUACAACUUCAAAGGCUAUCAUUGAUCACAAAGUGUUGGUUCUCCCAGCCGCUCGACCGACUGCAAUCAACAACCCAGGCAUCUGGCAUCACCAUACUGAGCACCUGCCAUCAUCCGAGAAAGAGCUUCUGAUCCAGAUUCACGGACUUCCACUCUCAAAGGACUCUGAACUAUAUGUCUGA